CGUAGAGGGCGGUGUUGAAAUUCACUGACGUCAAAGUAGAUUUUCCUGAUUUCAUGUUGUUCAACCGCUCUUAUUUUAUAGAAUGGACCAAGGUUUGUCGAAAAAGGAUAGCGUGAAUCUUACGGGGUUGUUGUGGGAUGAAGCCACUACCAAUAAAUCAUUUGAAUCCCUCACCCAGGCCUUCCAUGCAAGCUUCAACAAACAAGAGCACUUCAAGGUCGGAUCCUCACUGGUUCUACUGUUGAGCAGCCCUGACCUUUUACCCACACCCCCUCAGCGUCUCGCAGCUCUAUUCCUACUAUGGGAGAUGUACCGCUCAGAGGCCAUUGGGAACAACCCAUUCGCACCACUGUUCUCUCUUGUCUUGACCAGAAUGGAGGAUGACAAGAUCAGUGGACCUAUCCUGGUUGGACCGAUCGGCAAAUCAGAGAGAUACUUCCUCUCCCAGCUUAUCACCACAACUAACCCGCCUAGAGAGCUUUUCAAGAAAUCACCGCGUCAGAUUGUUGCUAUGGAUCCUGGUCCCAACGCCCCUCAUAUUGACAUUACAGGUCUUCAGCUAGCCCUAGCUGAACGCCAGUCAGAGCUCCCGAGUCUCAGCAAGGCAGGUCUCUCAUGCAUCAUGAACGAUCCUGAUCCUGAUGCCAGCUCGGUCUUUGACCCUCAAAUAGCCCAGCCUGUGGUGGAGGCCCUCAUCUGCGGGUCAAAGCCUCCCAUGGAAACGACCUUUACCCCCGAGUUUAUCCGUCUACCACCCCCGCUACACAUAUGUGAGGAUGAGUUAUUAUGGAUGAACCCUUCAGACGGCAACCAUACCAUUGCAUGGGACUCCACAAUGUGCCAGACCAACAGUGCUGGGCAGGAGGUUAAGAGACUCAUGGCCAAGGCCUUCAAAGAGACACUCAUGCUCCAACAACAGCAGCAGCUGCUUAGCGAACUGGAAAAAGAUCCCAAAUUGGUGUAUCACAUAGGAUUGACGCCUACAAAGCUACCAGGGUUGGUGGAGAGCAAUCCCCUGGUUGCCAUAGAGAUCUUGCUACGUUUGAUUCAGUCCAAUCAGAUCACGGAAUACUUCGCCGUCCUGGUCAAUAUGGAGAUGUCCCUUCACUCGAUGGAGGUCGUCAACAGACUCACAACGGCAGUAGACUUGCCCCAGGAGUUUGUUCAUCUUUACAUUUCCAACUGCAUCUCCACCUGUGAGACGAUCAAAGACAAGUCAAUGCAGAACAGACUGGUCAGGCUGGUGUGUGUUUUUCUACAGUCCCUAAUACGCAAUAAGAUCAUCAACGUCAAAGAUCUCUUUAUAGAGAUGCAAGCAUUCUGUAUUGAGUUCAGCCACAUCCGGGAGGCAGCAGGUCUGUUCAGAUUACUCAAGACGUUGGACAGCGAACAGCAGAAACAGUUUCAGCCGUCGUCAACAUCACCGCUCACAACACAGCAAGGGAACAAGAAAUGAUUAUCUCCGUAAAAUUUGGAAUUGUACUCUAGUCAUACCACUGAACCACCUCAGAUUGAUUCCAAACCGACGUGUUCUUGGCAGUUUUAUUUUACUGCAGUUGGUUGUCUGAUCUGUCGUCGGUCUCGUCAGUGUGAGUGCAAGAUCAUAACAGCAUUGGAUCAAUAUUUUUUAAGAAUAUUAAUAUUGGACAUUUUAAUAGUUUGCAUAUCCACCAUGCAAGAUGCUCAAAGUACCCCAAUAUUACCUUGGCUCUGCUACGCUAAUGCUUUCGGUGCUCACAGCAUUCUUUCUACCGGCAACCAUUUAACACCUGGGUGGAGAGUGGCAUAUGCAGAUUAAUAUCUUGUCAAAGGACAUUAGUACCACGGUGGGACUUGAAGCGCUAACCAUGUGAUUCACAGUCUGAAGACGUAUCCACUAGACUACGACACUUCUACAUUGCACCUCUAUACUACAAUGCAAUAACAGACUCAAGGGAACAAGAAAUGAUAAACUUUGGAAGUCCAGAAUAUAUGAGUAAUAAUUCGUCCCUAUUUUCACAAAGUGACAUUAGUGAGGAAAAUCGUCACGCAAAGUGAAUGCAAUUUUUUUUCACUACCGUCACUUCGUGAAAACAGCGACGAACUGCAGCUCUUAAUGGGUAAUGGUGCUUACAGUUCAAGAAAAGGCAUACAUUUUUUUCCCUUUCUAUUGGUUUUCUGACACUGGCUCCUGUGUCAGUGAAAAUCAACCCUACCGCAAGUUUACUUGGAUUCGAACCCAGGACCUCAUAGUUAUGAGACCACUGCUCUACAACUGAGCCAUCGCGGCUCCUCACUAACCCUUUACCUACCAUGAACAACACACCAGACCUGAAAGAAUAAGAUAUUUUAAAUAAUCAUUUCUCAAACUGGAGUAAUUUUUCCUGGGAUUUCAACUACCCUUAUUGUACACACUUGAAUGCAGUUUUGUGGUACAUUUUUGGGGGUGUGGACAUUUUUACAUGUAUUCUAAAAUAUUUGUACAGAUACACAUGUAUUUGGAAUAUGACUUCAAUUUAACUGUAAUCCAUUUUAUGUGAUAUAGCUACUAUUAGCUAUUAACAUAUUCCUCCAAUUGUGUAUUAAAAGAUAAGAAAGACUCACAGAAUAUUUUGCAUUUUUAACAAUACUGUACCUUUUCUUCAAUACCCUUAUUGAGGUCAAUCACUCCCAGCUCCAUACAUUUUUAAUAUAGCCCCAUUUCUGUAUGAUUUAUGUUUUCUGCACCAAGAAUGUGUCAGCUUUGAAUUGGCAAACCUACAAUCAGAGCUUUGUAAAUAUGUAUGUGUAUAUUACUUGGUAAUAAAAGGUUUUGAAAAAAGCUAA